GAUAUGGCCACAGAGCAAACUGAACGCAACCUAAACGCUACCACCCGCCUCAACUUUGCUGCAAUCUACAACAUCCGUGAUGGGGAUUUCACCUCUUUGCAAAACUUCUCUUUCCCUUUCAAUUUCACUUACAGCGAUUAUGACCUACCACUGGACAGUGAAGAUGACGUGACCGAAAGCAGCACCUUCUUCACAGCCAAGAUAGUGAUCGGGGUUGCUCUGGUUGGCAUCAUGCUGGUCUGUGGCAUCGGCAAUUUCGUCUUCAUUGCUGCUCUCGCCCGCUACAAGAAGCUGCGAAACCUGACCAACCUGCUGAUUGCCAACCUGGCCAUCUCAGACUUCAUCGUGGCCAUCGUGUGCUGCCCCUUUGAGAUGGACUACUACGUGGUGCAGCAGCUGUCCUGGGAGCAUGGCCAUGUCCUCUGUGCCUCAGUCAACUACCUGAGAACCGCCUCCCUCUACGUUUCCACCAAUGCUCUCCUGGCUAUAGCUAUUGACAGGUAUCUGGCCAUUGUUCACCCUCUGAAACCACGCAUGAAUUAUCAAACAGCAACCUUCCUCAUUGCCUUGGUCUGGAUCGUCUCCAUACUUGUAGCUAUUCCAUCUGCAUACUUUGCUACUGAAACCGUGUUGUUUAUAGUGAAAAAUCAGAAGAAAUUUUUCUGUGGCCAAAUUUGGCCAGUUGACCAACAGAUAUAUUACAAGUCAUACUUUCUCUUCAUCUUUGGCAUUGAAUUUGUAGCACCUGUGAUUACAAUGACCUUGUGUUAUGCCAGGAUCUCUCAGGAGCUUUGGUUUAAAACUGUCCCAGGAUUCCAGACGGAACAAAUCAGAAAGAGGCUUCGGUGCAGAAGGAAAACUGUUAUGGUACUAAUGUGCAUCCUGACUGCCUAUGUUCUCUGCUGGGCACCUUUCUAUGGCUUCACAAUUGUCCGGGACUUCUUCCCCACCCUCCUGGUGAAAGAGAAACAUUAUCUUACUGCCUUUUACAUAGUUAGGUGCAUCGCCAUGAGUAACAGCGUGAUAAACACCAUGUGUUUUGUAACCGUGAAAAACAACACCAUGAAGUACUUCAAGAAGAUCAUGCUGCUCAGAUGGAGGUCAGCGUAUAAGGGAAGCAAAUCUAGCACAGAUUUGGACCUGAGAACAAGUGCAGUGCCAAUCACAGAGGAAGUAGACUGCAUAAAACUACAAUAAAUUUUCUGAGGUUCCAA